AUGCCAGAUGUUUGUUGCGCAUUUGGUUGCAGCAACCGAAGAAGCACACAAAAUGAAGGUUUAAGUUUUUAUCGCAUACCUACAAUGGAAACAGAGCGAAAAUCUGAACUUAGAUUAAGAUGGAUUGCCGCAAUUAGACGAGAAAAAUGGUCAGAAACUGCAAUUAAGAGUGCUCGGAUAUGUAGUGCCCACUUUGUAACAGGAAAAAAAUCUAAUGAUUCCCUUCAUGUAGACUAUGUACCAUCAGUAUUUUUAUUCCAUAAAAUUGCUGAAAGGAGAUCAAAAGCAUCUGUUGAACGAUAUCGGCGAUGUCUUCAACGUGGUUCUAAUAAACAGAAAAAUAAUGUCACUAAUUAUAACACAAAGAAACCUGUCAAUGUAAAUAAUUGUGAAAAUGUAUUAUCCGAAUCAAGUUCAUCCGAAUUAACGUUUGAUUGCCAAGAACCGAACGAAAAAAGUCUACCAAAGUUUGAAUUAUUUGAUUGGAUUCUGUCUUUCAUGAAAGACCAGACUGUGAAUCAAGUUGUGAAAUCGUUAUCGUUUGAAAAUCACUUAUUGCUUACUCUAAUGAAAAUUAGACUUGGUGUUACAAACUAUGAUUUAAGUAUAAGGUUUCACAUCACAAAAAAAAAUGUAUCUCUUACAAUCCGAAAAUGGUUACCAAAAUUAUCUGAAGUUUUGAAAAAUCUUAUAGUAUGGCCCAGUAAAGAUCUCCUGAGAGCUAACUUACCAAAAUGCUUCAAAAACUGUUGCUGCAUAAUUGACUGCACCGAAAUAUUUAUCGCAAGACCAUUAAAUUUAACAGCAAGAGCACAGACUUACUCUACCUACAAGUCACACAACACAAUAAAAUAUUUAAUUGCUAUGGCACCAGCUGGAACAGUAAGUUUUUUAUCCGCAGGAUGGGGAGGGCGGGUAUCGGACAAAAAAAUAACCCUAAAAUCGGGAUUUUUGGAUAAGAUAAUCCAUGGUGAUUGCGUUCUGGCAGAUAGAGGAUUUUUAAUCGAAGAGGAAUUAGCUACAAAAGGAGCUGUGCUAAGAAUACCUUCAUUUACUAGAGGAAAAAGUCAAUUAUCAGCACGUGAUGUAGAUAUAUCAAGGCAGAUAUCUCAUGCUAGAAUACACGUUGAACGUGUUAUUGGUAGAUUAAAAACAUUUAAAAUUUUAUCAACAAACAUUCCAAUAUCACAAGUAGAUUUAUUAGAUCAUAUCAUGGUUAUAAUUUCUGGCAUAAUUAACUUGAAUACUAGUAUUAUGAAAAUGUAA